AUGAACUGGAUCGAUGAACACAUCGACGGCAAGUCAUACGGCGUCGAUUUGAUUGUGCCAAACAGCAUCGAUUCCAAAGAAAGCAGCAACCUGUCUCCGGAAGAUAUCGAAGCAAGAAUACCGCCGGAGCAUAAAGCCUAUGUCGAAUCGAUACUGGCACAGGCUGGCAUCGAUACCCGGGAUCUCUGGCAGCGUCCCAAGGCGGGUUACGGCGACAAUAUGCGCGAAACGGGUGCGAACGCCAUUCUUGACGUUGCCUUCUCCCACCCUAUUAAAAUGAUUGUAAAUGCGUUGGGCGUGCCGCCACUGUUUAUGAUGCAGCGUGCUAAACAAGCGGGCGUCGCCGUUGGUGCGCUGACGGGUGCUAAAGAACAUGCCAUUAAACACUGCGAAUCCGGCGUUGAUGUAUUAAUCGUUUCUGGCACCGAAGCGGGUGGCCACUGCGGCGAAGUCUCUACGCUGGUACUGGUUCCUGAAGUGCUGGACGCUAUUGGCGAUAAGUUUCCCGAUGUUGCUGUGCUGGCAGCAGGCGGCAUCGUGACGGGUAAACAAAUGGCCGCCUGCAUGGCCAUGGGCGCUCACGGCGCCUGGUGUGGUUCGGUGUGGCUGACAACAUCUGAGGCCGAAACCAAUCCUGCUGUUAAAGAAAAGAUGUUGUCUGCAAACUCAAGACAGACCGUACGCUCAAAAAGUAGAACGGGUAAAUACACCCGUCAACUGCGUUCACAGUGGACCGAUGCCUGGCAAUCUGAGGAUGCACCCCCGCCGCUACCUAUGCCCUUGCAGUCACUGGUCAGCGAGCCGGCUUUGCGCAAGAUAGACAAAUUGGCUGAAUCUGGCGAUGCAGGUGCACGCAACCUUGCUACUUACUGGGUGGGGCAAGGCGUAGGCUUGAUGAAUACGUCUGUCAGUGCACGUACUGUCGUCUACGACUUCAUGGAAGAUUAUGCUGCUGCGGUAGAGCGACUUGGCAAUACCAUGCCAAAACUGAUCAGCGCAAACCGCAAUCUGGAUACCUAUCGCCAAUGGGCACCGGUGGUCACCGACCUGCCUGUGACAGCUGAAGCAGAGGAUUACCAAGGCCCGCUGGUCGGAGACACGCCGGCGCUACCGAUGAACUGGUGCGAUGUGCUGAUGCAAAGCGUGGAUGGCCAUGUUGAUGGUGCGGUAGUCCACGAUGGAGAGCGUCAGCAGCACUUACACCUGCUACUCAAAUGCGACGUGGAGAAAGAUCUGGAGAGGUUUUUGGCAGCCGGUGGCUACCAGGUGUACAAGUGGUUGCAGACGAUGCAGCUGUCGACGGCCAGAUUCGCAGACCGCAUGGCGUUCCGCAACAUGAACUCACCCACGGAUCUGGAUUACCCGGCUGCCUGA